GGCCUCGGCCUCGGCCUCGGCCCCAGCAUCCACGUCAGACGAGCAGGCGGCGGCGUUUCCCCCUCUGCCCGGGGAUUCGCGUCGAAGCCGGCGACACUUUCUGCCCUCGAAGUUCCUCUCGCCCUCCAGCUCCUCGGAUGUGGUGACGGCCACGCGCUUUUCGGCCAUCUGGCGACACAAACGCGGGCGUCUGGCCAUGCGCGACCGCCAGAUCGAGGAAAAUCAAGCUCUGCAGCCCGGGGCCAUGACCGAGUUCCCGUCACGGCGUCUGAACGAAUGGAAUGGCCGCUUCCCGGAGUCCGGGUCCCUGCUGGCCGACACCCGAGCAGCGUUGUCCUUUUCAUUCUCGCUCUGUUCGUUGCAGGACUAUGCCCUGGCGGCCGAGCGUGCAGAGGGCGCGGCAUCGACUCCAGCGUCCGCGGCCGCCGCUGCGCCCGGUGACCUGGAUGCAGAUCAUGUCUCCCCACCGGCGCUUGCUCAAUAUUGCCGAGUCUCGCUUUUGCGCGAUGCCCGUGUGGCCAAGUACUUUGCGGCUCUGAUGUCUGGAUGUCCCAGGCGGCGGCGGACUGCGGCCGCUUGCCUUUCAGCCGACGACUGGACGCACAUUUAUCGUUCCCUCCGACAGGUGGCCCGCUCGGUUCUCCCAGGAGCCACCAUUGGCCAGGGUCUGUUGCUGGAAUUGGCGCAAGAGCACAACCCGACGGUCGCCUGCUACCAGGUGGCCCUUGGCGGCGGGAGCAACACGGCCAGCGCCAACUGGCCGGCCAAGUCUACGGCUGAACAGCCAGCCCCCUUCGGCGUAUUCUCGCCUCCAACGGGGCGGUUCUUCGCCGAGUUGAGCCUCAACUACACCACCCUCCGGGCCUUGGACAACCCGGCGGACUUGCCGCAAGUCCCCAUAAUACUGGUCUCCCCGACGACGGACUCCUCGCGUGGCCUGUCCCGGCAGGUGACUGCCAUGUCGGUUCUGUCAGACUCGGCCAUCGCUCAUGCGGCUUCCUUCCGUGAUGCGCUGGCCGCCACUUCGGUCUUUCCGAUUCUGAGGGAAUUUUCCUUUGAACAUUUCCAAACGGUGGCCCGCAACCCCGGCGAUGGUGAUGGCGAUGGUGAUGGCGAUGGCGAUGGCGGCGGCGCUGACACUGGCCAUGGCUCCGGGGGGGUUGGAUUGCCCGGGCCCGAGGCAGACCAAAGUCCAAUGGAGCCCUACGCACCGACUUGGGAUGACCGGUACUCGGUGUUCACCCCCUUGCCGACCUAUUUGCAAACCGGCAUCAACAACAUUCAGUACUCCCGGCGCAUGGGGUCGGAUAUGUUGCCCUUCGGUCGGCGUUUGCGGCUGGAGGACGCCCGACAGACGCUCGGCAAUAACCGCAAUGUCUUCCGGUCGCGACUUCGAACCCCGAUCAACCCCCUCGGCGUGUCGGCACGUUUCAUCGAUCCCACCACUUUCCACCACUUUUACGGCUUGCGGUAGGCCACCCAGAAAUGCACAUACCCACCCAGA